ACCGUAUCUGUGGAUUCGUGUAUUUUAAUACCGGUGGGAAAUUAUGCAUAGUAACGGUGUAAAGGCGAUUUUGUUCGAUUUGGAUAACACUCUUAUAGACACACGUGGUGCCGGCGAAAUCGCCUUUGAAAAAGUUGCUGAAUUGCUCAGGACAAGACUCCAUCAUGGAGACAUCGAAACUAUUUGUAAGAAAUUUAAACAAAAGCUGCUUGAGGAAUCAUACCAACCCUUUGCAGACUUGACCAUUGACCAGGUGAGGAUAAAUCACUGGGACAAGGCCAUUGAAGAAAGUGGGGGCUUGGAUCAUGACCCCUCCCUGGCUGCUCAGUGUUACUGGCUUUGGAAAAACACAAGACUGGAUCACCUCUGUAUCCCUGGGCCAGUGCAAAGGCUACUGCAAGAGCUGAAGACGACCCACAAGCUGCUGCUUUUGACCAAUGGGGAGGCCCAGACGCAGAGGGAAAAGAUCCAGGCUGUGUGCUGCAGGGGCCUCUUUGAUGCCGUGGUGGUAGGUGGGGAGCAUGCAGAGGAGAAGCCAGCCCCUUCCAUUUUCCAGCACUGCUUCCAUCAGCUGGGGGUGGGGCCCCAGGACUGCAUAAUGGUAGGGGACUCGCUCGACACAGAUAUCCUGGGUGGCAUCAACGUCGGUAUCCGUGCCACCGUGUGGAUCACCGACAAGGGCACCAUACAGCCGGAGGCAUCCAUAAAGCCGGACUAUGUUUUAGCAACUGUGCUUGAGCUGCCCUCGGUCCUGUCCACUUUGUAGUGAGAGAUUCAAUCAGACAUUCUGUGAAAUGAUAAAUAAUAAACUUUAUUGAUCCCCAUAGGGAUAAACCCAUAGCAGUGCCCAGGGAGAUGGGGGUUAAGGGCCUUGCUUAAGGACCCCACAGAUGUGCCGAAGCCGGGCUUGAACCAGUGACCUUCCGAUCACAGCCACAGAGACUUCUGUAAUUUGCCAGUAAAAGAUGCAUAAAUGCAGCCAGGAUCUUAUACUACAGUCUACAUGUUUACUGAAAGCAUCGGCAAUUGUACAGUUUCUCCCCACUAAUAUUAAUGUAAAUAUAUAAAGAUUGCUGCUAUCAAAUAGAAUUUUGAUUAAAAUAAAAGUUGAUAAAACACC